AUGCUGCGACAAUUUUCCACCUCGAAAAGCCUUCGAAGUGAAGAGCUUAAUGUUCACCGCGAUAGCAAAGAUAACCACGCGGGCACGCCCUUUGAAUUUACCGAGGCUAAUCUUAUGAGAUUGUGUGCUAUAAUACAAAACUAUCCAGUGGGUUGCGAGCGGUCUGCGCUCGGAGCGGCUUUGGACAUCGUACAAAGGCAGAUGGGAUGGAUUCCUAUAUCAGCCAUGCACCGGGUAGCGGAGAUCCUUAAUAUUCCCCGGAUGAGAGUCUACGAGUGGGCCACGUUUUACACUAUGUGUAAAAGACGCUAUAGAGGAAAAUUUAAUGUGAAAGUUUGUGUGACCACACCAUGCAUGCUCCGCGGGUCGGAUGUCAUUCUACAAGCAGUGGAAGAAGCCACAUGCUGCUGUGCUGGUGGUUUGUCAGCUGAUGGGAUGUUCGGAGUGGAUACAGUGCAAUGCCAGGGCGCAUGCGCCAAUGCACCAGUUAUAGUUGUUGAUGAUGAUUACUAUGAAGACGUAACGGUUUGCGACGUGUAUAACAUCAUUCAAAUACUUAAAUGUGGUGGCAUACCACCAUGGGGACCGCAGAGCUGUAGAUUUGUUGCUGAGCCUAGUGCAGGUUUAACGUCGUUAUUGGAGUGUCCACCGCCGCCUGGAUAUUGUAUACAACAGGCAUUGUGCCCCGCCGCGCCUUCGCAACCAACCAAGAAAUAA